ACUGAGUACUCCCAUGACCCAAAAGAAGAAAGAAAAGUCCGCCACUAGUCUUUUGACAUAGACCUUUCAAAUGCCAAGGGAAACGAAACAGCAUCCAAGAAAUCCUGGCAGCGAUUUGCUCAUUUAUUCCCCAACCUUGGAAUCUUAAAUACCAUCUCAAACAAAAUCUGGGUCUUUAGUUUUUUCUCCAAAUUCAUUCCGAUUUCUAGGGUUCGUACAACUCGGCAAACCCGAAAAAAACACGUAUAUAUACGACUAGGCACCACCCCACUUCAUGUCUAGUUGUGUACCAAGACUGGAAUUUGCGUUUGAGUCACAUAUCUGUAUGUAUAAACCCACAUUUUACAGGUGUCCGUGAGGACUCUGAACUUCAGAACAGAAUGGGUCGCUCCCGUGGAAAUUUUCAUGCUGAUGAAGAUCCCAGCCAGAGGUCAAGGAGAAAAAAGAAUGCCUCAAGUGGAGAAAAUUUGGAAUCCAUGGUAGCAGGCCAAGGAACAGGUGAUGGGAAAAAGGCUUUGUACCACUGCAACUACUGCAACAAAGAUCUUACAGGGAAAAUACGUAUCAAGUGUGCUGUGUGUCCUGAUUUUGACCUGUGCAUAGAGUGCUUUUCUGUUGGUGCUGAGGUUACUCCUCAUAAAAGCAAUCACCCUUACAGGGUUAUGGACAAUUUAUCUUUCCCACUAAUCUGUCCAGACUGGAAUGCUGAUGAAGAAAUUUUGCUUCUGGAGGGGAUUGAAAUGUAUGGCAUGGGAAAUUGGGCGGAGAUUGCUGAGCAUGUCGGGACAAAGAGUAAACAACAAUGUAUUCAACAUUAUGACACCACCUACAUGAACUCACCAUACUUCCCUCUGCCUGACAUGACUCAUGUUGUCGGGAAAAACCGCAAGGAACUCCUUGCAAUGGCUAAAGGGCAGGGUGAAGACAGAAAAGGACUUGGGGAGCUCACCUUGAAGGAAGAAUCUCUAUUUUCUCCCUCAAGAAUCAAGAUUGAAGAAUCACAUAAAAGUGGCUCUUCAGGUCGGUUACUAUCUGUGAAUACUGGAUCAGACCUUAAAAAGGCAUCCAACAUAUCGCAGGUCAAGAAUAGCUCCAAUUCUGUGAAAGUGGAAGAUCAUCUAUCUGACAGGAAUUCUGGGGACAAGAAACCUAAACCUUCAAAGGAUGAGGGCCCUUCUUUGAUGGAGUUAAGUGGCUUCAAUGCCAAAAGGCAGGAAUUUGAUCCUGAAUAUGAUAAUGAAGCUGAGCAAUUACUUGCUGAAAUGGAAUUCAAGGAAACUGACACUGAAGAGGAGCGUGAGCUGAAGUUAAGAGUCCUGCGUAUCUAUUCGAAGAGGCUUGAUGAGAGGAAGCGCAGAAAGGAUUUCAUCUUAGAAAGAAACUUGCUCCAACCAAGUGCUUUUGAGAACGAUUUAUCUCCUGAAGAAAAGGACAUAUGUCGCCGUUACGAUGUCUUCAUGCGUUUUCAUACCAAAGAGGAGCAUGAUGACUUGCUUAAGACGGUUGUUCAGGAACAUCGAAUUUUAAAAAGGAUUCAAGAACUCAAGGAAGCCCGCACUGCUGGUUGUCGUUCAAGAGAAGAAGCUAGGAGUUACUUUGAACAGAAAAGGAAGAGGGAGGCUGAAGAAAAUGCCCGCUGCGCAAAAGAGAAUCCUCAGGCUGGUCCAAGCAGUCAGGGUGGUGUAAAUGGGCUCAAAUCAUGCAAUUCAGUUGGCAAGGAUUCGAAUUCAAGAACUACAGAUGCUAAUUUGACCUCUGCUAUGGAAUUACUGUCUGAAUCUGAGAAACAACUGUGCCGCGAGAUAAGGUUAGCACCAACAGAUUAUCUUAAGAUGCAAGAGCUCAUGACCAUCCAGAUCAUGAGUGGUUAUAUUGCUAAGAAAUCUGAUGCCUAUUCAUUUUUCAACAAAGUUGAACCGAGUAAAGUCGACAGAGUCUAUGAUAUGCUCGUGAAAAAGGGUCUUGCGCAAGCGUGAAGACGCCGGCUCCCGCAAUUUUCAUUCUUUAUGUUGAAUUUGACCACAGCUGCAUUUUGAAUUUGACCACAGCUGCAUUUCAAGAUACUCCAACAUUUUUUGGGGAAGAAUAGGUGUUCUGAAAUGUUUUCUUGCCUGUUCUGAGGAAUGAAAGUGUAAUCAGGUAUAGAGAGAUAUUGAGAAGAUGUGGACUUCACUUUAGGAGUAAGUUUAGGUGCUGCUUAUAUUAUUUUCCUGUCCACAUUGGAAGUGGUGAAGAACCCCAUCUCAGCAAAUCUUGUACUCCGUACUACUUACAAUAGUUGAAGUAGUAUCCAUAUUUGUAACUCAAGUUCGUUAAACCACGUUGGUGGUUUCUUCUACAGUACUUGUAAAAAGUUCUAUUUUUCUCAGUAAUGUUUGGGACACAGACAA